AAGCUGAAGAUAAAACUCGAAUCGACAGGUGAUUUCCUGUGCGUAGAUGAAGACGACAUAGAAAAGGCUAAUCCUCCCCAGUUCGAUCGAGCCGAAGAUUUGGCAUCCCUGCGACACCUGAACGAGUCCAGCAUUCUACACACCCUCCGUCAACGGUACGCCACCAAUCUCAUCCAUACUUAUGCCGGAUGCAGUACCCUGUUGAUAAUCAAUCCUAUGGCGCCGCUGGCCAUAUAUUCGGAAAAGGUCAUAUCUCUCUUCAAAGGCUGCAAGUCAGAAGACAUGCCCCCUCACAUAUACUCCAUGGCCCAAUCGUCCUACCAAACUAUGCUGUCCACACGACGAGAUCAGAGUAUCGUCUUCAUGGGGCGGUCUGGAUCCGGAAAAACGACCAAUUUCCGUCAUUCCAUCCAAUACCUCGUGACCGCUGCUGGUACAGUGAAUAAGCUGCUCUCAGUGGAGAAACUCACCGCCUUGUGGACAGUUCUCGAGAGCUUCGGCAACUGCAAGACCACCAUGAACACCAACGCCACCAAGUUCACGCAAAUCUUCAGCCUCGACUUCGACCAGAGCGGCCUCAUCGCCUCCGCCAGCCUGCAAAUCCUCCUGCUGGAAAAGACCAGGUCGAGUAUUUGUCCGACUAAAUAA